CUUUCGCUCCCUCUUCCGAGGCACGCUCGCACUGCUGCAGCACGACACUGUGCGAGACUCAUCAGUAUUGAGACUGACGCGGCGUGGGCCACAUUCAAAGCGUUCCGCUUCACCUGCGCGUGCAGGUAUAUAUACAUAUGUAAAUAUACUGUGCCCCGUGAGUAGUGUGCGUAUGUUUGCACGUGUGAAACAUAACACAUCAGCAGCUGUGAGCAGUUCGUUCUUUGUAGCAGCGUAUCGUUGGGAUUACUCGCGAGUGAAGUGUAUGCCGAAAAAAGAGAAGUAAGUAACGAGGAGGUUUCGCUGCAGUACACCGAAGCAAAGCGAUAUCUUCUCUCCUUCUCCGUCGUUUCCGCUUCUCUCCGCAACGCAGCAGUGUGUACACAGGGCCGCUCUCGCCAAAGACGGAAAUACCUAUAUACAGCGAAGCGAGCGAGGAAGAGAGGGUUACAUAAAAAGAAGAAUCGACGAGUGUGUGUGUGUGUGUGUGUGGGAGAGGAGAGGACGACGGCAAAGGGCCAGAGCGCGUAUAUGUAAAACACGUAGGGCACGAAUUCUCCUGGUGCCGCUAUACCUGCCGAUAUAGGUAUAUAAUAUAUAUAUAUAUAUAUAUAUACAUAUAUACGCAGGAGAGAGACAGGUAUUACGAAAGAUCGUCGUAAUAGCGGCAGCGAGGCGCUAAAGGUGCGGCCACAUCGUGCAUCGUGCAGGCGCACUCAUGAAGAAGCUUCCAGCUCUUUGUGCGCGUUCGUCGAUGAGCAGAGCGGAAGAAGCAGAAGAAGAAGCAGGGGACGGUAAUACGUCGGCUACCGCUUUAAAGGGAUUUUCACGUGCAGCAGCUGUGUGCUCGUCUGCUAGUGCAUAACGCGCACACACGUAAGCGAAUCGAACGAGCAGUGUGUUUUAUAUAUAGGUGAUACGUACGUAUAUGUGCGCGUGCGGAAAAUAGUGCCGAGGGAGAAAGAGAGAGAGAGAGAGAGAGAGAGAGAGAGAGAGAGAGAGAGAGAGGAGUUCGAUAAACCCAAUGUGCAGGCAGCAGCAGGCGCGCGCACGCACGCAGUGCGCACCUUAGACGAGGACUGUGUGUCGUGAAUACGUAUGGCCGUGAUAGUGUCCAGCUGUAUAACUAUAUACGACGAGCUACAUCGUCAGAAGUGAGAGUGAGAGAGAGAGGGGCAGACAGUCGCGUGUUGUUUUUGUUGUGCUCUCUCUCUCUCGCUCACUAGCGCUCUAUCGGGAGUCGUUUAAAUCGCCAGAGGCGUGCGCGCCUCGGACGUCGUCGUCGUAGCAGCGCAGCAGCAGCAGGCUCAGCUGUAACUGUAUUAUACACAAUCUCCAAGGCAAGAGAGCGAGAGAGAGAGAGAGAGAGACGGGACGGGCGACGUCUCGCAGCAGCAGCAGCACAGCAGCAGCAGUGUGGAGUGAGCCGAGGAGAAGAAAAAUGGAGGAGUAUAGGCAAGGGCCACCAGCCUACAAGCGCCAGAGACUCGGCGAUCCCCUACAGGCUUCGGCCAACUUUCUGGUACUCUAGAGCGUUGGAGAGGUUUCUUCUAGAGUCGCGGAAGGCAGGCUACGCGAGAUUUUUCGUGCCCGGCGAUACGAAGGGGCGAACACAGUGAGAGAAAGAGAGAGAGAGAGAGACACACAGAUACACUCGACGAGAGAGAGAGAGAGAACUAGAGAGAGAAAAGAGGAGAGGCAGGCGUACCCACGGGAUGUCAUGGCUUUAGCCGAUUAAUCGAUAUGCUCGGCCCGAUAGACUGAUGCUAGAAUAAAUCUUGGAGCAAAUAUGGUACCUUUUGGUUACAUUGCAUCACAAGACAGAGAAGUAGACAUGAACAUGGCUGCUAUGCCUAUGGGCGGAAACUUGGCUCUCAAUCCGGUGCAAGAUUUUGGUCAGCUUGCAGUACCAGACUGGCGUCAUGCUAUUGCUCUUGAUAGCAGAAAUCGAGCUGUGCAUAAAAUAUAUCAAUCACUUAUGCACAAUGCACGUAAUGGAGAAAACUCAGAUAAUCGAUCACCAAAGUGGAUUGCUGCAGCCAGAAAAAUUGAAGGCAAAGCAUUCAAAACAGCAACAUCACGGUCACAGUAUUUUACCCUUGUAAAAGAAGAAAUUCAUAAAAUAGAGAUGGGAUACGGUUUCCCAGGAAUGUCUAGUCAAUUUCUUCCAUCAAGUAGUACAACUUCAGCUGCUGCUGCUAAUAAUAUACAACUAGUUAAUAUGCAGCAAAAUUAUGGAUCGAAUGGCUUUGGUGAACCAGUUACAGCGACUCAAUCUCAUAGUCAACCAGGCAUUGCUCACUCUACAACGUCUGUUAAUUUAUUCUCUGAUGAAGCUAUUGGUGGAACUAUGAGAAUACCAGUUACAAGCUCUAUAGGCUCAGCUCGUCCACAGUUUGAAGCAUAUGGCAGACCACCAGGACCUCGACCAUUGCUUCAUGCAGAUCAAGUGCCUGGCAGUAGCAUACCAAUAGGUUUUCUAGGUGAUCCAACGCAGUUCAUGCCUAACGCGGAGCAAGUUUUGGCCCCGAAUCUUUUACAUUCGAUGAACGCUCUAAUGGCACACAGUCAAUUUAUGCCUUCGUCAGCAGUCGGCUCACAGCAGCGCUUCGGUCUCAACGACAACGGACAGGGAGUGCUGUCGGAGAACAGCAGUAUUAUCAACUCGCAGAUGCCCGGUCGGUCCAAGGAAUGGCACAAGUCCGUCACUUUCAACGACAGAAACCGUCUCGUACGUAAAAUGGCCCAAUAUCUCUCGACGACUCCGGUUCCUCAAGCUGGCAGCAUGGACAACAGAAUGAACAGUUGUCUUGCCAUUGCACAGAGCGUCGAAAGCGAAACGUACAAAGCAGCCAACUCAUUGGCACAGUAUUAUGACUUGAUGGCCAAGCGGUGUUACUUUCUUGCAAAAGAUCGAGCAAAUCCAACGCAGCAGCCAGGAAUCCAGUACUACAAUCUAUCGGACAUCCGGCGAACGUACGAAGCGCUGGGCAUCGCGUACCCGAUGAACCCAUCGCCGUUCCCAAGCAACCCACCGAAUGGCGGGCCUGCGGGCAACGGUGGCCCCGCGGGCAACAUGAGACUGCAUGGCGGCGAGGCGCCACCCCCGCCAGGUGUUAUGCCCAGCCUCAUGGGCUCGCCGGGCGCACCCCUGCCGUACUGCGCGUUCGCGCGCGGUCAGGCUGCCCAAUUACAGCAGGCCAGCCACAAUCAAUUUCUUGGUACUGAUAGUAACGAACCGUCAAAUCGCUUCUUGCAAGGCGCAGUGCCGCUGAGUCUGGACGCGGCGGAGGUUCCCGAAGUGAUCAAGCAACUGGCUCACGCCUACAAGUGUCAGGAGCGCGAGAACCAGGAGAAUGACGUGAUGCUGCUGUGUUCGUUACCUCACUGCCGUGAGACGAAAAACCUCCUGAACCAUAUUACCACCUGUCAAGUGGGCAUCAAUUGCUGCGGCUCGACCAAGGAGAUCAUUGACCACUGGAACCGCUGCACUGUCAGCGAGUGUCCUAUAUGUCUGCCUGUCCGGCAGGCUGAGAGAACGCUCAACUCUACCAUCGCCACGACGACAAGCCUGAACAACCAGAUGAACGUGAACCCUGUGUUUAUGCGCCGUCCGCAUCGAGGUAUGGGCUCGAGCUACCCGUCCACCGCGACCUCUGGUUUGCUCUCGAAUCAAUCGCAAAACGGACCCAAUGGUCUAAAUGGUCCGAACGGUGGUCGCAACGAGCGUAUUUCGCCUCGUUCCUCCAUGUGGCACUCGAACUACAACGACAGUCCUAACUGGCGCUCGGCCAACAAUGGUUCCGACAUGUCGAUGGACGGAGGUGGCGGUAUUCUGGCUAGACGGUCGCAGCAGCGCUUUUGGCUGCAGAGUAGAAAUGGCGCGAAUCGACACGAGAGGCGGGCACCUUACAACAAUCCUUGGGCUGCGCCUGAAAUUAUUUUCGUGGAGAACGCACGCGGACAGCCACCAAGAGGUCCCUCGCUAUUCGGACCUGUGGGCAGUGGUAGAAAUAUGGACAGAUUACAGCCUUACGGUACGCCGUGGCGCUCACCCGACAUACUCUUUGUCGAAAACGUUAGGCCCGCGCAUCGCCAGGUUCAAGGUGAGAUACGCUACUCAGAUGAACCAGUUAUCAUUCCACCUGAAGAAGAUGCCACUCCGAGUGAGCAUCAGCAAAUAAUGGCCAUCGUCAAGGUUGUGAAAACGCACGGCGGUCGGUUGGAGCAGAAAUUCCGUUGCGCGCGGCGGAGUUGUACCGCCGCGUGGCCGUGCCUCCAUCGACGGCUCGCCGCUUCUAUUCAGAGCCACAAGACGCCGAUCCCGGGAUGAUCAGGAUGCCUCGGUCGUACUUUUAUACUCUCAGGGCACUUCUACAAAUCGUUCCUUAUCAUAGAGCUAGUUUAUUUUCAAAGUGAGUUCUAUUUUUAUACGGAGAUCGAGUCAGUGCAAGGACUUUGUGGUACAAAACGAAGAAGGGACAUGGUAACGACAAUGGCUUCGAUGCUGCUGAUGGCGAUGAUGAAAAUAAUUUAACGAUGCAAUGACGACCGAUUAUAGUUUUACUGAAGGGAUAAAGAAAACCAAAUGUCUGUAACUUUCUUGCGGGCGAAUCUUACGAUUUUUGUUGUACAUUCUGUUUUUUUCAACCCUUUUUAAUACAAGGGUUAAUGUUCGUUUCUUUCUCAUCAAUCUUUGCAUUGAGCGCCGAGCGCCGAUUAGCAACAACAAACGUGUAUGUAUUAAAUAAAAAAUGGCGUGCUAUUGACUUAGCACUUGUUAAAUGAAAAUCAUCAAUUGGAAUUAUGAUUUCGAGGUGAUUCAAACAAAAAAAGAAAAUUGAAUUAAAAUAAUUUGUAUUACAAUAAUAUGCUCUUGUGGUAUAAUUAAAUUGUCCGUUUGGGUAUGUGUAAUAAUAAUUGACGAUGAACAGUAAUGUUUAAACGGCGAACUAGGCACGGCUAUAAAUAAUUACUUUAAAAACGUUAGUAAACUAUUGGCUUUAAAUAAUUUUGGGCGAUUUUAAAAGUAAUUUCAAGUCUUUCGUAGUUAUUAUAGUAGUAAAUAUGGUGAAACAGUUCAAAUUCAUUAACGAUUUACUACUGAUUUGAUAAGUAAUUAUUAAACGUGUUCCAAAUAAUAUGAAAUUUAUGAGCGCGCCAAAUGAUAAAUUUCUAUUUUUUUAUUCAUAGUUUGCUGUAUAAAGUCAACUUUCAUUACAUGGUCGCUUUUUUACUAUUGAUUCAGCUGUAUGGUUAAAAAAUUCGUCUACACUUAAGCGAUUGUCGUGAUGAUUUCCAUUUUCAUGUGUAAAUCGUUUCAGCUUCAGCUUUGUCAUGCACUUCCGUAAAUUACAUACACGCGAGGAUAUUGCGUUGAAGGUCAGGCAAAAGUAGAGUAAGGACCUUAGGCAAAGUGUUUACUUACUUUUAAUAAUGAAAUUUACGCUGUUAUUUAGUGAUUGAACGUAUUAUUGCUUUUGCGAUUAAUUAUUUUUUUUUUACGAAAAAUUGGUUACGUUUCAAUUACAAAAUUGUAUUUUUAUAUAGGGCUGAUUAGGAUGUAAAAAUUAUAUACACGCGAAUUAUAAAGAUUGUAUAACGUUUGGCGAUUUUGCUAAAAGUUCUAAGUUGUAAUUGACUAACAACUUAACCGAAAAAAAAAUAUUUAAUCCGAUUAACUGAUCAUUUUAUUUUUGAUCAUCAGGUUGAUGUAAAUUUAAUUAUUUUUAUUGCUCGUUUCAUGCUUUAUUUGAGAUGCGGCAAAUUUGUUACAAAGCAAUGAAUUCUUAAUUGUUAAUGAUCUUAUUCUCGCAGGACUUAUCCUAAUGAAAUCAAUGGAAUCAACUGUUAGGAUUUUAAUGGUCCAAUGGUAGAUUUUAAAUAAAACCUUGUGACGAUAGAUUGUAUGUACUGUAUGACGUAUUAUUUUAACUAUAAGAAUUUUCAUUUUAUCAUAUCAAUAAAUUUAUGUUUUACAUAUUAAUAACAUUAUACUUGUAUCGUAAUUCGUAUCACAAAAUCGUCAAUUAAGGGAAAAAGUCACCCUUGUAUGAUUGUUAUCGCUUACUAGUAAUCUUUAGAUUAGAAAUCGUAUUUUACAAAAAAUACGCAUUUAAAAAAAAUGAAACUUGUGAUAAAACAUAAGAAUGAUUUUGUAGAUAAAACAAUAUUGCCUUGAACGGGCAACAUAAAAAUAAAAAACAUAUGAGAACUCGUGUUAUACAUACAGUUUUACUGUUUUUUACGUCGCCUGAAAAUAAAAAGAGUAAUAAAUAAAUAACGAUAAAUUCUCUUUGUUGAUCAUUUCUGUCAUUCGUUGAGGCGUACAUACAUACACAUAAAACAUUUAGACAAAACACUUUACUCUUGUACAAUGACAAUUUGUAAAUUCUGACAGCGUUCCCUUAAUCGAACGAUUUUUGAUUGUAUGCUGCGUACCGAUUGAAGCUACCGAAUAAUAAGUUGUCAAACUGUCAAACGCACAUUUAUUAAGUGACGACGAUGCAAACAAAACCAACGAUAGAAAUGUUCCGAAGCGCGAAGGAAAGCGAUAAAAAAGGAGUCGAGUCAUAAGGAAGAAAUCAACAACAACAACAACAAAUUCUGGUGGUUAUGGAUGCAUGCUAUUGAGAAAGACAAAUGAAAAAUAUAUAAAUACAAAACUCGUUCAAUUGUG